GGUUGUUUCAUGUCUGCUGUCGUUUUUGAAAUUUUUUUGCCCUAGCCAACACUCUUAAAACUAACCGCUAUUUCUGUAACUUCUGUGAGCGACCGGCUAGAGGGAAAGCACAAAGGAGAGGCACGGCGAAAUCAGGUCAAGCUCAGUCCUACUUCAAAAGCCUAUCUUUCGAGCUUCACCUCUCCAAUCGCCAGAGAAAAUGAGGAAGAAGGUUGACGACCGUAUCAGAACUCUGAUCGAAAAUGGCGUUAAGACCAGACAUCGAUCGAUGUUCGUUAUCGUCGGCGACAAAUCUCGCGACCAGAUAGUUAAUCUCCACUACAUGCUAAGUAAGGCCGUCGUUAGAUCUCGUCCAACUGUUUUGUGGUGCUACAAGGAUAAACUAGAGCUUAGCAGUCACAAGAAAAAGCGUGCAAAGCAGAUUAAAAAGUUAAUGCAGAGGGGACUUUUGGAUCCUGAGAAGGUCGAUCCAUUUUCACUUUUUGUUGAAAGUGGAGGGCUAACUUAUUGCUUGUACAAAGAUUCAGAAAGAAUUCUUGGGAAUACCUUUGGCAUGUGUAUUCUGCAGGAUUUUGAAGCCUUGACACCAAAUCUUCUUGCACGGAUGAUAGAAACAGUGGAGGGAGGUGGGCUAGUUGUAUUGUUGGUUCGGUCUCUCUCCUCACUCACCAGUCUGUACACAAUGGUUAUGGAUGUUCAUGAGAGAUUUCGGACAGAAUCUCACUCUGAGGCAGCUGGGCGCUUUAAUGAGCGUUUCUUAUUAUCCCUUGCCUCAUGCAAAGCAUGUGCGGUUAUGGAUGAUGAACUAAACAUUUUACCAAUUUCAUCACAUAUAAGGUCAAUUACACCUGUUCCUGUUAUAGAGGACUCUGAGGGGCUUUCAGAAACACAGAGGGACUUGAAGAAUCUAAAGGAGCAACUUAGUGAUGAUUUUCCUGUUGGGCCUUUGAUAAGGAAGUGUUGUACAUUGGAUCAGGGAAAAGCUGUGAUAACAUUCCUUGAUUCAAUUCUGGACAAGGCACUUCGAAGCACGGUUGCUUUGCUUGCUGCACGUGGUCGCGGGAAAUCAGCUGCUCUUGGUUUGGCAAUUGCUGGAGCUAUUGCAGCAGGGUAUUCAAAUAUUUUUGUAACUGCACCUAGCCCUGAGAACUUGAAAACUUUGUUUGAUUUUGUCUGCAAGGGAUUUGAUGCUCUUGAAUAUAAGGAGCAUAUAGAUUAUGAUGUUGUGAAAAGUGCCAAUCCUGAGUUCAAGAAGGCAACUGUACGGAUUAAUAUCUACAAGCAGCACAGGCAAACAAUUCAGUAUAUACAACCACAAGAACAUGAAAAGCUUUCCCAGGUUGAACUGUUGGUUGUUGAUGAAGCAGCAGCUAUUCCAUUGCCAGUUGUGAAGUCCUUAUUGGGUCCAUAUCUUGUCUUCCUUUCAUCUACUGUGAACGGUUAUGAAGGUACUGGUCGCUCUUUAUCAUUAAAGCUUCUGCAACAAUUGGAAGAGCAGAGUCAGAUGGGUACCAAGAGCAUGGAUGGUUCUCUUUCGGGUAGGGUUUUCAAGAAGGUCGAGUUAAGUGAAUCUAUAAGAUAUGCUUCUGGUGAUCCAAUUGAAUCCUGGCUUAACGGCUUACUUUGCUUGGAUGUCACAAGUUCCAUUCCCAAUAUCAGUAGGUUACCUCCUCCAAGUGAGUGUGAUCUUUACUAUGUUAAUCGGGAUACACUUUUUUCCUAUCACAAAGACAGUGAGUUAUUUUUACAGCGAAUGAUGGCUCUUUAUGUUGCUUCUCACUAUAAAAAUUCUCCAAAUGAUCUGCAAUUAAUGGCUGAUGCUCCUGCACACCACUUGUUUGUGCUACUUGGUCCUGUUGAUGAGUCAAAAAAUCAUCUUCCUGAUAUUUUGUGUGUCAUUCAGGUUUGCCUUGAAGGACAAAUUUCUCGUAAUUCUGCCCUGAGAAGUCUAAGUGAUGGACAUCAACCCUUUGGAGAUCAAAUUCCAUGGAAAUUUUGUGAACAGUUCCAGGAUACAGUUUUCCCAAGUCUUUCAGGUGCUCGAAUUGUACGUAUUGCAGUCCACCCAAGUGCCAUGAGGCUUGGAUAUGGUUCAACCGCAGUGGAGCUCUUAACAAGGUACUAUGAAGGAGAGCUGACUCCAAUAUCUGAAGCAGAUCCUGAUAAAGUGGUUGAGAAAACCAAUGUCAGAGUUACAGAAGCUGCAGAGAAGGUUUCACUAUUAGAAGAAAAUAUAAAGCCAAGAUCAAACCUUCCACAUCUACUUGUGCAUCUUCAUGAACGACCACCAGAAAAACUCCAUUACAUUGGUGUCUCUUUUGGGCUGACCCAGGAUCUUUUCCGUUUUUGGAGAAAACAUAAGUUUGCUCCAUUCUACAUUGGACAAAUUCCAAAUACUGUGACUGGUGAGCAUACAUGCAUGACCCUGAAGCCAUUGAAUAAUGAUGACAUUGAAGCCAGUGGGUCUGAUCAAUGGGGAUUUUUUUCACCAUUUUAUCAAGAUUUCAGGCGAAGAUUCACCAGACUGCUUGGUUCUAGUUUUCGAGCUAUGGAGUAUAAGCUUGCUAUGAGUGUUUUAGAUCCAAAGAUCAAUUUCACAGAGCAGGAGCCUAUGCCAUUUACCUCAAAUGGAUUUUCAAGGUCUCUGAAUGAUAUUUUGUCACCAUAUGAUAUGAAACGACUAGAGGCUUAUACCAACAAUCUCGCAGAUUUUCAUAUGAUUCUAGACCUUGUACCGAUCCUUACUUAUCAGUAUUUCCAAGAGAAGCUUCCAGUUACUUUGUCAUAUGCUCAGGCUUCUGUUCUACUCUGCAUGGGCUUGCAGUGCCAAACUGUCACAUAUAUUGAGGGAGCAAUGAAGUUAGAAAGGCAACAAAUAUUAUCACUGUUUAUAAAAGUUAUGAAAAAGUUCCACAAGUAUCUCUUCAGUAUUGCAUCUGAGGAGAUCCAUGCAAACCUACCUCGAAUAAAAGAAGUUGUGAUGGAACCUCACAGUGUAUCCGUUGAUGAUGAUCUGAAUGAUGCAGCAAAACAAGUCAAGGACAAGAUGAAAGCCGAAACAGAGGAUUUGUUGAAUCCAGAAUUUUUGCAGCAGUAUGCCAUUGUGGACAGAGAAGAUGAUUUUGAGAAUGCUCUGCAAAAUGGAGCAGGGAAGAUAUCUUCAAGUGGUCUCAUUAGUGUGAAGUCCAGUAAGAAUAAGGUUGGGAAACAUGGAAAACUUUCAGAAAAUAAUAAGGAUACCAAAAAAAGAGGAAAGGGUGAUGGUGGAUUCAAAUCGAAUAAAAAGAAGAAAUCAUGAACACCUGUCAGACAUUCUGCUGCCCGAAGACAAAUGAUCCAGAAGUUACGGUUGCAUUCAUGGCAUAACAUAUAGUAUUUUUAGUAAGAACAAUUAAUGCCAGAGCCAGAGGUAAAUACCAAAAAAAUGUCGCGAGGGAAACUAGUGGUUGCUGAGGGGCAAUGUUUAGGCUAUUAUUAUUAAAUUAGUUAACUAUAACAGAGCCCAGUUUUGGUGCUAGGGUACUCUGCCAUUAUGUUUUGCCCCCGUCUUUGUUGAUAGUCCACAUUCACAUCAAUGUAAUUUUCCUUUUUAAUUUAUUUGAUGUAUUAAAUCCCCUGUUUUUGUUUUUUUUUUUUUCCAAAAAACUUUGCUACUCAAAAGUCUCAAAUGGGUUAUAUUUUAUUAUUUUCUACCA